AUGGCCGGGAAAAUGACGUUGUACAAGCUGGUGGUGUUGGGAGAUGGAGGUGUCGGAAAGACCGCCCUUACCAUUCAGCUGUGCUUAAACCACUUCGUCGAAACAUACGAUCCAACGAUCGAAGAUUCAUAUCGCAAACAAGUCGUCAUCGACCAACAAUCAUGUAUGCUCGAGGUGCUGGACACAGCGGGCCAGGAAGAAUAUACCGCACUACGAGACCAGUGGAUCCGAGAUGGCGAGGGAUUUGUAUUGGUGUACAGCAUCACGUCGCGCGCCUCCUUCUCCCGCAUCACCAAAUUUUACAAUCAAAUCAAGAUGGUUAAGGAAUCAUCGAGCUCCGGCUCCCCCUCCGGUCCCAGUUAUCUGAAUUCACCCAUGAACACCUCUGUGGGGCCUGCAGUGCCCGUGCCCGUCAUGCUAGUCGGCAACAAGAGCGAUAAGGCGGUGGAACGCGCAGUCUCAGCACAAGAAGGUCAAGCACUGGCCAAGGAGUUGGGAUGCGAAUUUGUCGAGGCAUCUGCGAAGAACUGCAUUAAUGUCGAGAAGGCCUUCUACGAUGUUGUACGCAUGCUGCGCCAGCAGCGACAACAAGCGGCGGGUGGCCGUGGUGGAGACCGUCGUCAAGCAGGGUUUGGAUCCGGUCACCGUGACCGCGACGCAGGCCCCGAAUAUCCCAAGUCCUUCCGACCUGACCGGUCGCGACACCGCAGUCGAUUCCAGUGUACUCUUUUGUGA